UUCACCGAUAAGGAAAUUAAUCAGCCUGACUGCACUAAAUUAGUAGAUUUCUCUAAAUGACAUCCCGGCUGCGGCGCCAGCCUUGUGAAUAAUUAUUGUCACGAGAAAUAUCAUCGCACCUUAAUGUCUUAAUACAACAUCCACACCCCCAUUCCUCACCCUCACCCUCAUUUGUAAAGUUUCUUUUUACGAGUCCUUCUCUUUUGCAUCUUGCAUUUUGUGUACCUACUCUUCUUGUCUAUUUUCUUUCCUAUCGUACACGAAGUUUUUCUAUUAGAUACGUACGGCGUUAUAGAACUAAGAAUUGCAUGCAACAAAACACACAAACGCAAAGUUCGAAUUGACAACCACCCCAGUUACGAAUACUUGAAAUAGGACAGACACAGAGUACAUAGUCUAGCAUAGCAUAGCAUGGAAUCAUAAAAGAAAUAAAUGCCUUCCUUCUUCACCUUCGACCAAGGAACCGAACGUUUUUCCUUCUCUUCCCCCAACGAAUCCUCACCGCUUCUGGGUCGUUUCCGCGCCGUACCUCCUUCUCCUACUUCUCCAACCCAUGCACCUCAAUUAGCAUAUCCGCAACGUAGCAGGAGAAAAAGUCUCCUAGGGUUUCAUAUAGAUGGGUUUGGAGGCACGUUUGGAGGUAGGGAUGAGGGGGAUGAGGGGGAGGUAGAGGGUUAUGAUGAGGAUGAGGGGGUGGCUGGGUUGGGGAUCGCGGGCAUAGGUGGCUUGCAGAGAAAGGUUAAGGUGUGUGGGAGGGAGAUGUGGGAUCUUUGGAUUGAACCGAAACAGGGGAAGGUGGCGAGGGUGGUGGAUAGAUGGUGGAUGAGAUGCGCGGUUCUGGUUGUGCUGCCGGCUUUGUUGGUGAGUUUGAAAUAUUCUUUUUUUUUCUGUUUUUGUUCUUGGAAAUGUGGAUGGAGGGUUAGUUGAGGGAGUGAGAUUUAUUGCCGUUGAUUGAGGCAUGGGGAACGGGGAAUGGGGAGCGGAAGUCUGGGGACAGGGGAUGAUACAAGGGCAAGCCCCCAAACCCCUUUUGCUCGCUGCGCUCGAAGAUUCCGCACAUGACACUAGCCGGCCCCCGGGACGGCCAGCGGAGCGUCUUUCAAUUGGGUGUCAAAGCAAAAAUUCGUAUUUGUACGAGGCAAGCUAUUGCAUCUCGAAAAACCCGAUAUCGAACUUGCGGAUGAGCAAACAUAUUAGAUAUUCAUAUACUAACAAUUGGUAAUACUAGGCUGUUGCAUGGUGUGCACUACCAUUCCCACAAUACGAGCUUCCCGAUGAUGACGACGUGGAAGGUUUACCAUCGAAUAUUUUUGGACAUAAGAUACCAGGUCACGGUGAAGCUAGAGUUGAAAUCAACUUUUGGUUCUUUCUAUUCGUAUACUAUGGCUUUUAUAAUAUAAUAGCCUUGAUGUGGAUAACAAAAGUCUUCAACAUCUAUUCACUGAAUUGGUAUAUUUGAGUCUCAUGUCUCGAGAAUUACAUACACUAACUUAUUUUUAGGUGGCCUAAAAGCCUCGGUUUUCCUCUCACAGUCUCUAUUAUUGCCGCAAUGUCUAUAGCAGCUCCAAUUCCUUUUUAUUGUAUACCAAAACUUCGAUAUAUCACAUCACAUAAUACAGCGUGGAUAUGCUGGACAUUCUUCGCCAUGGCAAUGCCAUUACUUGUUGCAUUUGCUAUCCUCCUCAAUCAUGAACGACAUCUUGGCUUGCGUAUUCCUCUUUCCGAAACUCAACGACUUUUUACGUCUUCAUGGUGGACAGGUGAUCCUGACACGAUAAAUGCAAGGGAUCGACCACGAAGACCAAAUGUCAUUCGAAAUCAAAGUGCUUUUGAUCCAAAUGCUUCUUUGGAAGUAGCUUUAGCAUCAGAUAAUAUAUAUCGAUCGAGAGAUUCUCAACGUAUGUUGAGGAAGCGAUGGCUUCCAGCAAGUUUCGUUAGAUUCAUGUGGUUUUGUGCUGCUUUACUAAUAGCUAUAUUGACUUACCUAUUGGGAGAAACUUAUGCAGAGAUAUAUUUACGAACAUUACCACAUAGCACCAUUGAAACUCUUGUAUACGUUUACAGUUGGGUUGUAACGGUACAUUUAUUAGAUGGCUUAUGUGGUUGGAUCCUGGGGGGUAACGAUGGAGAAAGAGUAGGCAGUUACCCCCUAGCUUGGAUUUUUAAGCUGUAAGAUAACACUAUCAUUUGUACCGCUUUGAAACUACUGACAUGGAUUUCUAGCUAUUUUGCUUUAACCUACCAAACCUACGUCCGCGCAUUAUAUGCCCGUCUUCGCUCGCCACAACAAUUCAUCUACCUUCAAAUAAUGUCCUCUUCCUUUUUAAUUCUUCUCGCUCCCCUCACCAUGUCCGCUCAAUUUCAUUCUCUUCUCACUUUUCUUUACCUAAAUGGUCAAUCCUACACCGCAUAUCAAAAAUUCUGUACACGGAAUAUUUUCCUCAGAGGCUUAAGCGAAAAUGUCUCCAUGCUCACCUUUUUGGGAAGUAUCCUUGUCCUCCAUUACGGAGCUAAUAAGGACGUCUACCCUUACUUCGCCUUCGACAUACCUAUCGCGCCUUCAAAUCAAACACUUUCAACCGCUCCCUUCUCCCUCAUUGACAAAAUCCGACUCUUCCCCAGUAUUCCUCGUAUCCCACAUGGACCCGUUCACCUGGCUCCCUCUCGACCCGGCCCACAAUAUGAUUUCAGACUCACGUUUUACGCUUCGGUCGUUACGUGGGCGUGUGAAAUUGUGGCGGGAUGGAUCACGAGAAGGAUACUUUGGUUUGGGUGGAAAAUGGAUGUUACUGGGGAGGGAAAGAGAGAUUUGGGUAGUUGGCCCGAAUUACUUCCCACGGGUGUUGUGGUUAUGGUGCAUGUUUUGCAGAAUAUGCUUUUUAGUAUUGUUAGGUUGGCUUUUCAUUAGGGAUGGAUGGUGAUGGAGGUUGGAGGUUGGACGGUCAGGAGUGGGGAGUGGAUAGAGGAAGAGGAGAUGGUUGGCUGGGGGGCUUGGUGUUUUAUAGGUGAGAGUAAGGAGUUGGAUGGGGGAUUCUGGAUAGGGUUUGAUUGCAUGGGAUUGGAUUGGAUUGCAUAGGUGAGGAUAGGAUAAAAGAUGCGUUUAUAUUGCGUUUGAGCAUGGUGUUGGGAGUUGGAAGUUUAUGUUGUACAUGGUUUACAAACAUGAUUAUAUUUUGUUUAUAAUUUUUAUAUACCCUCUUUACGUUAUGUCUUUUUUUUUUUG